UACACACGACCAAACGGGUUCUACGCUUGGUCCUCUCCGAUCCGCUGCACAUUUCGUAGUGGAUUGUGCUUCGAAGAUGAAGUCUCUGACGGCGAUGCUGGCUCUAACCGCGUUUGCGCUUUUCGCUUUACACGCACGCGGAAUCCUCGGUCAAGACAAUCUACAAUUUCCGGACAAUGGACAAACGUCACACAUUGUACUGCUCGGUUCAACGAAACCCGAUGGGUCGCGUGAUUUCCGCUGCGGUGGUUCGUACCUGGGCAGGAACGUAGUGCUGGCCGGCGCACACUGCGCCACGGGCAAGAAUCAACCAGCCCUCGAUACGGUACGGUUUGGCAGCGGCACCGACAAUGUUGCACACUUCCGAAUCGUCAACCAGACGCUGCACUAUCGCUACAAGCCACAGUUCGAGUAUCACAACAUGGCCAUCUACUAUCUGGACGGGAGACCCGAUGCCGUCGUUGCCGGGCGCUACAAACCGGCGUGCAUUCUAAAGCCACACAUGAAGAAGGGCACCGUGCAGAUGGUUGGGGAUGGGUCGGAUGGACGCGGAUUGUCUCUCCAGUCGACCUCGCUGGACGUGGUAGCCUCCGAGAAGUGCCACGAGUACUACAAUCCCAUACCGAAGCUACGGUUCGGUGUACUGCUCUGCUGCUUCUGUGCGAUGAACCCCGCCACAAGUGACUGCUCUAAUAUGCACAGCUCGCCGCUACAGCUGGUGAUCGAUCGCAAUGGAAAACGUGUCCCCUUUCUCAUCGGCCACAAAUCGAUCGGGAAAGCUUGCGGAGUCAAGCGUCCAGCCGUUUUCACACGCUACGGAUCGUACUACGAGUGGCUCGAAACGGUCACGAAUUUACCGUUAGAAGCGACCGAUUGCUUUAGUCGGUACUGAUCGGGGGCAAAAAUGGCGGAAACUGGAUUGUCUUUUUAAAAGUGGCACCUGAUCACGAGACGCCGCCUAACACCGUACACAAAACCUGUUCAGCAAAUUGGGGGAUUUCAUUAAUAGUAAGCAGGGAAACCCCACCGUAUGUUUAGGUUCUAUUUUUGUUCGGCCCCGUGUUUGUAGGACUCACGCCAAGUAGGACAAACCCAACGUAUAACACUUAACAAGACUGCGCUACAGGAGUGUUAGUGUAACUUGCAGUUGCAACAACAAAAAUAAUCAAAUAAAUGACCAUUUAUCAUAAAAUAUAAAAUCUUUUUGAGAUACAUUUUCAAUGGUUACAAGCAUACGCUAUCGGGCCAAAUCUCAAAUCUCACCUCAAUCUAUCCAACUAUGCGGCAUCAUUUAGUCUAUUAAACCAGAAAUGGUAGGCAUGACUUAAGAGAGGUCGUUCGACCAAGAAUGAAGCACCAUUCGCUAUUAUACUAUUAUAAGUCUUAAUCCGAUCCGAUGUGUCGAUCGGUGACGCAUAAUAUUGAAAUAUGAUAUCCAGUGCCUCGUAACUGC